AUUUAUUUUUUUAUUUUGUAUAUCUACAAAUCAUAAUUUUUGGGUUGUGUGUGUGUCCUUUUGGUGGAGGAAUGCUUGUCAACUACUCCUUUUAAGUUCUGCAAUCUCUCUAUGUGCUUGUUCUAGUUUUUGAGAGAGAGAGAGAGAGAGAGAGAGAUAUUGAUCUUUGCUCGCUUUCUGCUUCAAUGGAGAGGCACAAAUGCAAGCUCUGCUCUAGAACUUUCGCUAAUGGCAGAGCUUUGGGUGGUCACAUGAAGGCCCACUUAGCCACCCUGCCUCUCCCUCCAAAGGCCACGAUGACGACUCAGCAACAGACCGGAGACCGCACUGAGUCAGCAUCAUCCUCGUAUUCUUCUUCUGGUGAAGAACAGGAACUGGAAAUCAAGAACAGAGAAUUUGAAGAGAAGGCUUUGGUUUAUGGGUUGAGAGAGAAUCCCAAGAAGAGUUUCAGGUUCGCAGAUCCUGAGUUCUCUUUCGCUGUUGAUGCUGGGUCUGUUGUUCAAGAUAGAGAAAGCGAGACCGAGUCAAGAAAUCCAACUCGUAGACGAUCUAAGAGGACCCGGAAAUCGGGUUUUUCAGAGAAUCAGAAGCAGAAUUUCGAUGCCAAGAAACUAAAGUUGAAGAAUCCAAGUUCGGAGGAGUCGCCGACAGAACCAGAACCGGUGAGUUCCGUGUCUAAUACUUCCCCUGAAGAAGAUGUUGCCAUGUGUCUUAUGAUGCUUUCAAGGGAUGUUUGGACGAGAAACUAUGAAGAAGAAGAUCAAGAACAAGGCAAAGAUAGAGAAAGAUCAGUUGGUAUGAAGUUGAAAGUGCCGGAGGAGAUCAAAGUGGGUAAGAUUCGCGGGAAGUUGAGAUGUGAAAAAUGCAUGAAACUGUUUCGAUCUUCACAGGCAUUGGUUGCGCACAAGAGGAUUUGCUCUCUAAAUGGAGCAGAGCUAAGAAACAAUGAAGGUAAUGAAAGAAUUUUCGAGUGUCCAUAUUGCUUCAAGGUGUUUGGCUCUGGACAAGCACUUGGCGGACACAAAAGAUCGCAUCUUAUGGGUACUUCAACACCUAGUGCUGCAGAAAAUUCUGCUAAACUUGACAACAAUCUCAUAGAUCUUAACUUGCCAGCUCCAACCGAAGACGAUGACUUUAGUGUGGUCUCUGAUGCCUAAUUCAUUGACACGUACUAUGAACUAUGAAGCUUUCUCUCUCAUUUUUUCAGGGUUUCUUCUCAUCUCUCUGUUUGGGGUUUGUGGUUUUAGACUUUUAGCCCUUGGAAAGCAUUAAAGCCAAUGAUUUUGAAGAGGAAAACGUGAAAGGACAAAAACAACCUCCAAGGAUAUUGUAAUGGGUCUUGGCUUGCUUUUACUUUUUCUUGGGCUGCUGGGACUUUGUGGGAUAUCUUUGAAGGUGACUACUGACUGGAGAAGAACUGAGAAAGAUCCAAAUCCCUUCAUUUUCUCAGUAAAAAUUUAUCUGCCUUGAAAUGAACGAAGUAUCCGGGCAAAAGGAAGGGCCAUGCUAUUCUUAUCGAAGAAUCAGUCAGAUUUGUUUAUUAUAUUUAUAUUUUAUUAUGUGGUUAUAUAAAUAUUAGAUGCUAUUAUUUCUUUUUUUUUUUUAAAUAGAAAAAAGAAUUGUAAUUGACAUCCUCAUGACAUUUUCUUCAUUAAAAUAUUUCUUUCUUUGAUGCA